UCCUGAGCACCCUGCCCCUCCUCACGCUGCCUGGGCAGAGCUGGAGGAAGAGCUGCAAAUGUUCCUGUAACACGGUCACAGCAGAAGUCCCACGGCGACUGGUGCCGGGCUCCACACACCACAUCCUGUGCUGCUCGGGCUCCCAAGCUCAGUCUCCACCCUGCUGCCCCACAUUCGCCGGCAGCCUCUGCUAUGCUUUCCACGCUCGCUGCCCUGCUCGGUGAGUUCCCACCUGGAAGGGAGCCGGGAUCCAGGGUGCCUGGUUCGGCAACGUCUCAUUAUUCCUGUCUUCCAGGGCUAUGUCUGUGCCAGCGGAUCAGCGCCCAAAAACAGACCCUCUCGAAACCCAUCAUCUGGGCCAAGCCUGGUUCCGUAAUUCCCAAAGGAAUGGCGGUGAUCAUCUGGUGCGAAGGAACUUUCGGGGCUGUUGAGUACCAGCUGCAUUUUGACGGACUUCUUUCCACCUUCGAGAGACCAACCCCACCUGGAAUUACGAACAAGGUCAAGUUCGCCAUCCGGCUCAUGACCCGACACAGUGCAGGGCAAUACAGGUGCUUCUACAGAGAGGGGGAGCUCUGGUCAGAGCCCAGUGACCCUCUGGAUCUGGUGGUAACAGGAAUGUAUGACACACCCACCCUCUCAGUUCAUCCCGGGUCUAAGGUGAUCCCAGGAGAAAAUGUGACCUUCCAUUGCCAUCUAGAGACUGGAACAAGCACGUUCUUUCUGCUCAAGGAGGGAAGACUCAGCAGCCCACAGCGCAGAAAUGGGAAAUUUCAAGCAGAGUUCCCCAUGGGGCCUGUGACCACUGCCCAUUCAGGGACAUACAGGUGUUUUGGUUCUUACAAUGACUUCAUGUGGUCUUUCCCCAGCAAGACUGUGGUGCUCCUGGUCACAGGAGACGUUGGGGACACCAACCUUGUACCCACAGGACAGCCCUCUUCUGAUGCUUGGGAGCCCUCCUUGUUCACCACAGAGGUGGUGGGAUUCCAGGAAGGUCGUGCCAUCUGGGAUCACCGAGCUGACACUCUUCUACGGGUGGGUCUCAUUUUUCUGGUCCUGGUGGCCCUUGUGUGUCUCCUGGCUGAAGACUGGCUCCGAGGAAAGACGACAGAAGAGACAGCCAAUGGGGCUUCAAAUCAGGAAUGCAGGGUAAGGUUCAGGACCCAGAGAGCCCUGGACAAAGGACGGAGAGAUGCAGUGGCCAUCGGUAAAGCUGAACUCUGACCUUGACUUUGGGCCACGUGAUCUCCAGGUUUGAGGGAAACCAAGGGGUGUGUGCAUGGAGUUUGAUGCACCAUCCUGGAGGGAGCAAGAAGGGAGGGUGAAGACGCUAAGUUCUUCUGCAGGAGAUCCCAAUGUCUCUUAGAACUCUAGGUUCUAAGUAUUUUUAUUAUUGAAUUUAUUAGGUUGACAUUGAUUAAUUAAAUUAUAUAGGUUUGGGGUAUACAAUUCUAUAAUACAUCACCUGUAUAUUGUAUUGUGUGUUCACC